AUGGACCUAAUCGUCGAUCAUAAAGAGUUCCCUAUCCGGGUAUCUAAGAUCUCACGCCCAAGUGUUCAAACGUUAAGCAAAGUUCAUCGGUACUGGAGAAAUGCCGAAGAUGAAGGCUAUUUGGAGCGAUUCUGGCCGGAAGGAAACAACUACGCGGACUGGAUACCCACCAUCCGCAGAAUCCUAACUGCGCACCUGCCCGAACUCGCUAGCGCCGAGAUCACCUAUUUCGCGGCGGGCACCUUCCAUCGCCUCUACCGCAUUGCCAACCCCGACUCAUCUCAUGUCUGGCUCUUCCGCGUUGCGAUACCCGCCGAUCCUGUCUUCAAAACCGAGAGUGAGGUGGCCACCAUGGAAUAUGUGCGGCGGCACACAUCGUUACCCGUCCCCCGCGUGCUCGCCUUCUCCUCGAGCGACAAUAACGAGCUGGGGUACGAAUGGAUCCUCAUGGAGAUGCUUCCAGGCGUUUCGCUCCGCAGCGUUUGGGGGGACAUGCCUUACGAUGCCAAAGUGCAGCUCUUCGUCGAGCUGGCGGGAUAUGUGAACGAACUCCUUGCGUUACGAUUCAGCAAGCUCGGCAAUAUUUACUUUGCCGACGUUGUCGGAAAGCUGUUCCCGCAAGAAGUUUCUCCGUCACGCAAGCCCACUAACAACAUGAAUACAGUUGACGUCGACAUUGGUCCUAACUGCGAUUUUGUCGUUGGUCGCACAGUUUCCCAGGAAUUUUUCUUCGAGAAGCGCGUGCAUCUUAACGCGUCCCGAGGUCCUUUUCAGACUUCGCGGGAGUGGUUUCAGGCUCGGCUUGAGCUGCUCGGGAAGCGACUUCAAAACCUGUCUGUCUAUCCAGAGGCGAGCUACUACUGCGAAAACGAUCGAGAACUGGAGAAAAAUUGGAAUCGGAUCGACAAGCUUUUUUACCAACUGAAACGGCUUGUACCGCGUCUUGUCCGACGCAAAAACGGGCCUGAAGACGUCGGGGUGCUCUGGCAUGAUGACCUCUCGGAACAUAACUUGCUCGUCGACCCCACAACAUUCAAGCUCACCGGUGUGAUCGACUGGGAGUCUGUCGGCGUUGUGCCAUCUUUCGAAUGCCGUGGUGGACUGCCAGCUUGCUUGUCAGACAGGGACAACAAACCGGCGCCACUAGUACUCAUAGCACGAGGAGAGGACUCCGGAUAUAUCUACGAUAAGGAGACGAAGAAGCUCCGGAACGAGGCAGAGCAGCGAAAGCUUCGGGAGGUGUACCUGAGCUCUGCUCUGCCCCUUUACGAUGACACGUCUAUGGCAGUGCAGUGGAGGGCAAAAGCGAAGCAGUCGCUUUCACGCCAGCUGGAGAUCGGCAGUUUCCAACACCGACCUUGGGCGACGGAACAGUGGAUGAUCGAGAACGGUUUCAUCAAGAAGACCUCAGCCAGCAUCGGCGGCGACCUUGAGGGGACUGGAACGAACUACUCCGACACAAACCUGAGCUCGAUCCUUACCGGACGCAAUGGAGCGCUUGGCACCCAUAGAGCAUUCCUGUAG